GUUGGAUUGUAUAUAAAUUUGGAUGAUAUAUAUGAAUUUGAUGCGGGCUUGGUAGAUGUGAUCCGCGGAAACGCACAACGCUAUCAUCGUUUAUUCAGUGAUGUCGUUGAGGAGCUGAUCCGAGACUAUCUUGGUGAUCGAAUGCCACCUGUACGUGAUGCUCUCGAUGCAUUCAUAUUCCAACGUGUCUAUAUGGAUCGUCAACAGCAAAAAGAAGCCGCCGCAGACUCAACCCAAAUGUCCCGCACAGGAAACGUUCGUAAUAAGUAUCCGCCUGAACUGAUGAGGCGAUUUGAAGUGGCCUUCAAGAGUCGCACGAAUGAAAAACCGCUAUCAGUUCGUGAUAUCAAAGCGGCUCAAGUUGGCAAACUAAUAACCGUUCGCGGGGUGGUGAUACGAGCAACUGAAGUGAAACCAAUGGCAUCAGUGAUCACAUAUACGUGUGAUACGUGCGGCAGUGAAACUUAUCAACCGGUACGUUGCUAG